CCUUCCACCCAUCAUGGUUGGUGAACCAGACCCUGGCGUGGCCCUGGGGGUGGAAGAAGGUCUACUCUGCCAAUUACUUCAUUCUCCAGAGUUCAAUCUAUUCCCCAACUCAGCUGUCUUUGAAAGCAACUUCAUCCAGAAACAGAAGGCAUACAUAUCUGCAAUUUUCAUCACACUUUUCACUGAAUUUCAACAAAGAGGAAGAGAAAUCGGAGUAGCUAUAAUUUACCUAGUUGGAUGGCUAUCAUGGAGCUGAGAUCUCAAUGACCACAAACAACAGUGAGAUCAGCCUCAGAAAUGUAUUAGUCAGCAGGAGAAGGUUAGAAAGACUAAUGACUGGUGGGUAGAUACAGAGGACUGGUCUACAACAGUGGUCCUUGGAGUGACCUCUUCAGUGCCAUGCCUGCCACUCCCAAACAUCUUCUUGAUGGCUAAGAUCACCUGGCCCCAGGGACAUUUAUCAACAUGGAACAAAUCCAUCAAUGCACCAACUGUCACUCUUAGUAGGAUUCUCCCAAUGAAAUUUGUGGAGCUCAUGGUCUAUGACAAAUCCCAGCGCAUCCUGAGGGUCAGAACUGUAACUGAGAAGAUCUAUUACAUGAAGCUCCAUCCAAAACACCCUACAGCUGUUUUCCAUUUCUGGAUCCGACUGGUUAACAUUCUACAGAAGGGCUUGUCCAUCACCUCUAAAGAUCCCAGUAUUCACGUGAAUCAUUGCUUGGUGCCCAAAACCCCUAGCACGAUCAUUCUAGAAGAAUCAACAGAAUAUGACCCCUCAGACUCUCAGGCAAGAGAGAGACUGAUGCUGCUGAUGGCCCCACAAGGACAUGAAGCCUUCUCUGAUCUCUCUUUGGAUCUUACCACCAAGCAAGACCAGUUGAAGACCUGUCCUACGAACAAUCAAACCACUAAAAUCAGUAAAGCUGAGAUCGAAGAAGAAGCCAAAUAUAACUCAGGUGCUAAGUUCAGUGUCUGGUGCCCUGCAGAAGCAGUGCCAGUCCGGCCAAAAUCUUCUAAGUUUCAGUACUCUAAGCCACGGCCCCGGUCAAUCCAUCCCACUGAUAGCCAUGCUCUCCUGAAGAAGAAUCUACUGCGCACAGGAUUGCUGAAAGAAUUAAUUGUCUCUAAAGGCUAUACUAAAAUAAAGAAUGCAAAUGCAGACACCUGGAAUCAGUUAGUCACAAAGGGCAGGUGGCUAGCAAAAAUACGUUCAACAGCUAUGUGAAAUGAAUUUUAGAGCAUCCCAAAAGGAGUACCGAGAAAAGAAAAGUAAGAAUGAAUACUCUGGUAAUCCCAAGGUACACCUAUAAAAACUGAGAUGGAAAUGGAAUUAAAAUCAACAAACUACA